UGAUAAGAAAAUGGAGGGUGAGACAGCAUACAGACAUGGACUGGCCUAUCAGAGCAUGGGUGAUCAAACAACUGCUAAACAGUUCCUAAACAUGUUCAUGGAGAUCGCCACAGCACUGGGAGACAUGGAGAGCAUCAGCAAAGCCUAUAAAGCCAUUGCUAAAUCUCUGGAGAGUGGCGGUAAAAUAAGUGAUGCUAUCAAGCAUUUAGAGAAAUACCUUGAGGUUUGCAGGAAGAAUGAUCAGCAUGAAAAUCUAUUGGAUGCUUACAUGUGCCUGGGGUCCAUACACAUGUCCAGAGCUCAGUACAAACAAAGCUCUGAGUAUUUUACUCAGGCCUUUGAGAAGGCAUGCAGUCUCAACUUGGAACCAAGCAUUCAGAAAGCUCAGGUGUGUUUGGGCAUUGCCCAAGCUCAUUCCAUCCUGAGGGUGUACGCUACUCACUUGCAGAUCAACAGGCCACAAAAUAUCUCUACACUCGUGUCCUGGAAAGAAACACGAGAGGACAAGUUCCAUAAGAGUCUGUGAGAAUCUGCUAGAUCCACAUAUUGCAGUGAGACUUGAGAACUGAUCUUAAAAGGUGCUAAUGUGAAUGUGCUGGAGCUGGUGGUGCCUUAUCUGGAAUCAUUCUGCAUGUUUUUUUUUUUUUUUUACUGCAGUUACCACGCUGAUUAGCAAAGUCCUCACUGAUUAUCAAGGACCUCAUUGACUAAUGCUAAGGUCAUACAUAAGCCAGUUGAUCCAUGAGAACUGUGGCUGGGGCCUACCGUGGCCAUGCUGCCAGAUUUUGGACGUGAUCCAUUGCUUAAAUUUGGGUGGAAUAAAUAUGUAAAAGAAGCCAUGGUAGCCGCAACGGAAGAUGCCGGUAAAACCAAUGGCCGGUAAGACCACUUUAAGCCAUACAUGGCUUUAUGGAAAAGUGGCCAGAAAAAAGCCAUUGCUUAAGAAAACACAUUUGGAGUUUGCCCAACAGCAUGUGGUAGACUCCCCAAACACACGGAAGAAGAUUCUUUGGUUAAAUGAGACUAAAAUUGAUCUUUUUGGCCAUCAUGAGGAAUGCCAUGUGUGGCGCAAACCCAACACCCUGAGAACACCAUUCCUACAGUGAAGCAUGGUGGUGGCAGCAUCAUGCUGUGGGAUGUUUUUCAUCUGCAGGGACAGGAAAGCUGGUCAGGACUGAAGGAAAGAUGGAGGGCACUAAAUACAGGGCAAUUCUGGAGGAAAACCUG